AUGUUCCAUGGAUUGCCAAGUGAAGACCCCAUUGACCACCUUGAUGAGUUUGAUAGGCUUUGUGAUUUGACAAAGAUCAAUGGUGUCUCUGAAGAUGCCAUCAAGCUGAGACUCUUUCCUAUGUCUCUAGCUGACAAAGCUCACCAAUGGGAGAAGAGCUUGCCCCAUGGCACAAUCACCACUUGGGAUGAAUGCAAGAAGGCCUUUCUUGCUAAGUUUUUCUCCACCGGUCGCACAGCCAAGCUUAGAGGAGAGAUAUCCAGCUUCAUCCAGCGAAACAAUGAGACAUUCGCAGAGGCUUGGGAGAGGUUCAAAGGCUACACAAGUCAGUGCCCACACCAUGGAUUCAACAAUGAAUCACUACUCUCCACUCUUUAUAGAGGAUGCUUGCCUAGGUAUAGGGAGAUGCUAGACACAGCUAGCAAUGGGAACUUCCUCAACCAGGAUGUAGAUGAUGGCUGGCAACUUGUGGAGAACAUAGCUAACUCAAAUGGAAGCUAUGGAGAAGAGUAUGAUCGCACCAACCGGAGCUCGACCCACCACUCGAUCGAGUCAGACGAAAAGUUGAGAAAAGAUGUUAAGGCAUUGAAUGAGAAGUUGGAUAAGCUGAUCUAG